AACCAUGAAAGCAGUGGGCAAAAUGUACAUAUCCGAGGCAACAUGAUGCGCCAUGGCACCUAUCUCCCAAUAUCAACGUGAUGAAUGGGUCUUCAUCACCACUACUCCUACGCGGCCGCGUCCGACCGAGGAGCAGCGAUCUCAGAUGCGACGGCGCGUCAUGCGCGAGAUUGGUUACACCCGCCGAAAUCCUCACACAGCAUAUCUUCAGAGCCCGUCGACAUCAUCAUGCAUAUUGAGCGAUACGACAGCAUCUGCUUCAUCCUUCAGCACUUCUUCUGUUGACUCUCAAUCUGGAAGGCGUCAAGGUCCAGACUGUCCACUCACGUCGGCCCAUAUCGCGUCGUUCCUGACCGGGCCGUGGGACAGGGAGUCCGAGCGCCUCCUUCACCACAUGUUCUCAAAUGCGAUCCCAAGCCAAUUUCGGAUAUACAAAAACCGUUGGUACCCAAUAUGCAUCACGAAUUCCGCCGCGUUUGGCCAAAUGCUGGCUACCUAUGCUACCCAUAUCUCACAAUGCCACGUGCAAGUCGACUUGAGGCAGUUCAUACUCUCGAAUCAUACCAAAGCACUUGUGCAGGUUCGGAACGAAAUCGCUGCUAUGUCGCAGGGCAGUAAGCAGGUCUUGGAGGGUACAUUGAGCGCGAUUACUGCCUUGGCAUGCUAUUCACAUCUGCAAGGAGAUAUGGUUUCGUGGAGGUCGCACAUGGUGGCUGUGUCAAGACUUACUCAGGAGUCGGGCUUAUCGCUGGAGGCAUUGGAUGAGAAGUUGGUCACCACCGUUAAAUGGGUGGAUCUAAUUGGUUCCUACGCACUUGACAUCGUCCCUGUCCUAGGAGAUAUGAAUGAGGGCGUUGAUUAUAUACAACCCCCCUGCAAGUCUGUGUCACCAUGCUUAGACUAUCUGGAUCUUCCGGCGCCCUUGGUCUCCGCUUUUCAAUUGUUGCAAUGGACCAACACACAAAUAGUUCCGCAAAACUCUAUCUGGUCAAAUCCAGAAGAGGUUGAUAGGUUAAUCCACCCACUUACCCAUCAGGUCUUGUCGCUACGCCAUGAUGCAUACACUUCUUGGCCUAUAUGCUCCAGCCUUCGAUCCGGGGCGUUGCUAUAUCUUGCCGAGUUUCGACGGAUGUCAGGUAUCAGCCCGGUAGUGACAGAAGUACAUGUGCGGCAGUUACGGCUUUCGCUGGACGCCCUCAGUCCAACAUCAGUUCCGUCAGAAUUGACGUUAUGGCUCCUCACUGUGGGUGCCCUUGAGGCUACAGCUAUCCCAGAUCGGGAAUUCUUCCACAGUGGCCUUCUUCUACUGUUUCAAGCAUUCAAAAUACAUUCGGUCUCGUGCUGGAGGCAAAUGUUGAAACGGCUUGUCUGGUCUGACC